AUGUGGAGCCAGGAGCAGACUGGACAGCACUACAACAUCACAUCCCCAGAGUCAGACAGCUACACCUGUGAGGCAAGGAACCCAGUCAGUGAGAAGACACAGACCUACAACAGCAAUGACUGCCUUGCCACAGGUAAACAAGAGAGAUAGGCGAGAUAUAGAAGGUUUGAGUUUUGUAAAGCCAAUACCAUUCUGUUGGUAUACUAAGUCAAGGUUAAAUAAUGUCCAAGUAUUUUGAUGCUGUUGAUAAAGGAAUAGGAAUUCCUUUGUUCAGUUUCCACUGACCAUGUGACCUGACCUGUUUGUAUCUGUCUGUAUGUGUAUUAGGUAAUCCCUACAUCUACAUUGGUAUUGGUGCAGGUGUCUUGUUGUUGGUUUCUGUUGUGGUUGUUGUUGUGGUCUGGCUCAUCAAGAAGCAUUACAAAGGUAAGCCCAUGUUUUUAAUUACAGUGCCUUGCAAAAGUAUUCAUCCCCCUUGGCGUUUUUCCUAUUUUGUAGCAUUACAACCUGUAAUUUAAAUGGAUUUUUAUUUGGAUUUCAUGUAAUGGACAUACACAAAAUAGUCCAAAUUGGUGAAGUGAAAUGAAAAAAAGAACUUGUUUAAAAAAAUACUAAAAAUAAAUAACGGAAAAGUGGUGCGUGCAUAUGCAUUCACCCCCUUUGCUAUGAAACCCCUAAAUAAGAUCUGGUGCAACCAAUUACCUUCGGAAGUCACAGAAUUAGUUAAAUAAAGUGCACCUGUGUGCAAUCUAAGUGUCACAUGAUCUGUCACAUGAUCUCAGUAUAUAUACACCUGUUCUAAAAGGCCCCAGAGUCUGCAACACCACUAAGCAAGGGGCACCACCAAGCAAGCGGCACCAUGAAGACUAAGGAGCUCUCCAAACAGGUUAGGGACAAAGUUGGAGAAGUACAGAUCAGGGUUGGGUUAUAAAAAAAUAUCUAAAACUUUGAACAUCCCACGGAGCACCAAUAAAUCCAUUAUUAAAAAAUGAAAAGAAUAUGGCACCACAACAAACCUGCCAAGAGAGGGCCGCCCACCAAAACCUACGGACCAGGCAAGGAGGGCAUUAAUCAGAGAGGCAACAAAGAGACCAAAGAUAACCCCGAAGGAGCUGCAAAGCUCCACAGCGGAGAUUGGAGUAUCUGUCCAUAGGACCACUUUAAGCUGUACACUCCACAGAGCUGGGCUUUAUGGAAGAGUGGCCAGAAAAAAGCCAUUGCUUAAAGAAAAAAAUAAGCAAACACGUUUGGUGUUUGCCAAAAGGCAUGUGGGAGACUCCCCAAACAUUUGGAAGAAGGUACUCUGGUCAGAUGAAACUAAAAUUGAGCUUUUUGGCCAUCAAGGAAAACGCUAUGUCUGGCACAAACCCAACACCUCUCAUCACCCCAAGAACACCAUCCCCACAGUGAAGCAUGGUGGUGGCAGCAUCAUGCUGUGGGGAUGUUUUUCAUCGGCAGGGACUGGGAAACUGGUCAGAAUUGAAGGAAUGAUGGAUGGCGCUAAAUACAGGGAAAUUCUUGAGGGAAACCUGUUUCAGUCUUCCAGAGAUUUGAGACUGGGACGGAGGUUCACCUUCCAGCAGGACAAUGACCCUAAGCAUACUGCUAAAGCAACACUUGAUUGGUUUAAGGGGAAACAUUUAAAUGUCUUGGAAUGGCCUAGUCAAAGCCCAGACCUCAAUCCAAUUGAGAAUCUGUGGUAUGACUUAAAGAUUGCUGUACACCAGCGGAACCCAUCCAACUUGAAGGAGCUGGAGCAGUUUUGCCUUGAAGAAUGGGCAAAAAUCCCAGUGGCUAGAUGUGCCAAGCUUAUAAAGACAUACCCCAAGAGACUUGCAGCUGUAGUUGCUGCAAAAGGUGGCUCUACAAAGUAUUGACUUUGGGGGGGUGAAUAGUUAUGCACGCUCAAGUUUUCAGUUUUUUUGUCUUAUUUCUUGUUUGUUUCACCCCAAAAAAUAUUUUGCAUCUUCAAAGUGGUAGGCAUGUUGUGUAAAUCAAAUGAUACAAACCCCCCCAAAAAAUCAAUUUUAAUUCCAGGUUGUAAGGUAACAAAAUAGGAAAAAUGCCAAGGGGGAUGAAUACUUUCGCAACCCACUGUAUAUUCUGUAUGUAAUGUGCUGGUAUGUUUAUAUAAUUCUCAACUUUGAAUAAUGUGAAUUAUAAUCAAAAGUUGAUCCAUUUAAAAACAUAGAAAAACUUGUUGAAAAUUGUUGCUGAAAAUAGGAGAUUCUUCAAGUAGUUUGUAAAAAGGGUUAAUAAAGUUAUUAUAGCAGUCGUGUAAAGUACUUAAGUAAAAAUACUUUAAAGUACUACUUCCACCACUGGAAGUACUUUUUCUACCACUGUUUUAUAGCGUAUCAACAUAAUGCAUUGUGUUGGUACAGUAUACACUACAUUUUUUAUUCCAACAUACAUUUAGUAUUUUUAGGUGCAUUUUAUGAACAGAAUAUUUAAUUAAGAGGUUACUUGCUCCUUUUCAUGGUGUGAGGGCUGAUACUUUGCUCUAUAAAAAAUAAUACAUACUUCAAAUGUUAAUAUGAAAAAAAAAAACGUUUGUGAAGAAUGUUUACUUUUGUCCUGACUUUCAAUAAUGCCAGAGGCGUAGGCACAUGUAAAAAAAGAAAGUCCCCCUGAUAAGAACGCCAGAAUGAUACCAAUUGUAUAUCAGAUGGGAGAACUAUGCAGGUUUGUGAGUAGAGAGAGAGAGGGGGGACAUAAUGCCAAAGUUCAAACUUCCAUGAUUGUGCAAGACAUUUAGUAUAACCAGCCAUCCAACAGUUGUCUCUAAGUUAACAGAGAGAGAACAUUUCAGAACAAACACAUUGUAAAGAAUAAGUGUGUGUAUGUGUGCAUGUGGGUGCAGUGUAUGUGUGCGUGCAUUUGUGUGUGUGUGUGAAAUAUUCCUGAAUUUUCAUCUACUGUUGCAUAACAUACUCGUCCAUUUCCAUCCACAGACCCAGUAUCACAACCUGAAGUCACCUGUGAAUUGAACUGAAGCAUGGCAACACUUCGCUGCAGUGUUAAGGGUCCAUCAGUGGAGUACCACUGGUCUUGGCCUGACCACCAGGGGGAGAUGUGGAGUCAAGACCAGACUGGACAGCACUACAACAUCACAUUUCCAGAGUCAGGCAGCUACACCUGUGAGGCCAGGAACCCAGUCAGUGAGAAGACACAGAUCUACAACAGAAACGACUGCCUGGCCACAGGUAAAUUCAUAAAGCGAAUCAGGAUAAUCAGAUCAGUUCAGGCAAAUGAGAAAUAAGUGCACUCAGGCUAUCCAGAAGGCUAAAGCUAGUUACUUUAAGGAGCAGUUCUCUCUGUGGGUCUAACCCCAAGAAGUUCUGGAAAACGGUUAAAGACCUGGAGAAUAAACCCUCCUCCUCACAGCUGCCAAUGUCCCUUAAUGUUGAUGAUGUGGUUGUUAGUGACAAAGAGCACAUGGCUGAGCUCCUUAAAUCACCACUUCAUUAACUCAGGAUUCCUAUUUGACUUAGCCAUGCCUCCUUGCCCGUCCAACAUUUCCUAAUCUCCCAGUCCUUCUAAUGUGACUAGCCCCGAUGCUCCUCCCUCUUUUUCCCCUGCCCACUAUAAAGUUUCUCCCUGCAGGCGGUUACGGAGUCCGAGGUGCUAAAGGAGCUCCUUAAACUUGACACCAAAAAAAAACAUCUGGGUCAGAUGGUUUAGACCCAUUCUUCUUUAAGGUUGCAGCCCCUAUCAUAGCCAAGCCUGUCUCUGACCUUUUUAACCUGUCUCUCCUAGGACAUACACUCUGAGGUGGAGUCAGGGUCAGAGGACCAAGAGGAGGAAUCCAGCAGAGCCACACACAACAGCCAGACUGACGGUCAGAGGUCUCCACCAACCCCUCAGAGAAGGGAUGAAGAUAGAGCGUCCAGAGAGAGAGGAGGUGAUAGAACCUAACUUCUCCCAAACAAACACCUCCAUCCUGAAUUCCUAGACGUCAAGACCCAACUUCUCCUAAAACAACGCCACACACCCACAAACCCCACCACCUCUUGCCCCAAAACCAUCAACUAUAACAUGCUGACCACACCACCCGCAUCGCGUGCGCGAGCGUUGCAAAAUAAAUGCACACAUACAUGUUAUUAAAUCAUUGCACCCACACCGCUAGUGCGCGUCAACGAGCGUCUGCGGAGCCAGGCGCUAAAAUAGAACUUGGUUCAAGUCCCGCCUUUCCCAUCUCCUCAUUGUUUUUUAGGAGCAUAUACCCACGUGGGUGAUUGAAAGAUGAACUGAGGUCCACACACCAGUCCAGUUGGUGGUGGUAAUGCAACUUAAAGUUGAUUGCCAACCACCAUAUAAAGUCCAAAGAAGAAGAAGAAGAAGCCUGAAGGAGGAGAGAUUACUAGAAACAAACUCGGUUUACCUUUUUAUCUGUGGAUUAAUUGUAGAGGACCUUGUGCAUUUCAGGUAAGAUAACAACCCAAUGUUUAUAUCCCAUGAAAAAUGUGCUAGCAACAGCAAGCUAGCUAGCUAAAUUGCCAUAAAUGUUUAAUGCUUUUCGACCUGUCCCCAAAUGAAUACAGUUGGUUCAGAGUUCGUUUUGAUAUUUGAAGCUGCGUGUCCUGAUGGCCUGGUGUAAGUGGAGCAAAAUGAAGAUGCGCGCGAGCGGUGUGGUCAGUAUGUAAUACACAUAUGGCUAUCAGAUGGGUGUAGAACAAGGAAGUAUUUUGAAAACAAUGGAAACCCAAAGGAGCAGUGGUCAGGUAGACCGAGAGGGAGGAACACCUGGCCUAUCCAGUGGCGAUUUUAGCAUGUAAAUCUUGGUGGGGCAAACAUUUUUAGAUGCAUGCCAGCAAAACCUCUACACAACACAACACUAAACAAUACAUUCAUUGCAUUAUAACGGUGACAGUGCCCACAAACUGUUAGAGUUUACAUAAAGCUGUCCCAACAGCAGAGUCCCAACAGCAGUCCCAACACUUUACCACUGCUACACCUGGCUAUCAGCAGAGCCUUAUCUGGCAGCGAAACAGUUCAUUCAGCCUCAUUUACUGCCUUUAAAAAAAAACAUAGCUGAAAUGGUUGACUUGCUUAAACAAAUGUGGUUUCUAAUGACAAUUGAAAUGUACAAACUAUGGCAUAAGGGGACGAAGAGCUGAUAAGAGGCAAUCCGUAAUUUCGAUUAAGACAAUGAGCGAGCUAGGACGGACGUAGUCAAUAUAACUAUUUGUUCAGCACUUUUGAAAUGUACAGCGACAGAAUUCAGAACAUGGGCCGUUCUUACAAUGUUCUCCCUGUACACCAAGUCAGAACCAUAGGAUAAAUAAAGGGGCAUAUAAGCAGACAAUGAAAUCUCUUACAAUAUUAGAUGAUUACAUUUCUCUAAAACAGGCUAUAGGCUACAUGUGCACUACCAAGUCAGAAUAGUAGGUGAAAUUAUGAGGGGAAAAGUGACCAAAUUAUUAGAGUGAGGCACAUGGGCUACUAACAGCUUACUACACAAUAUACACUUAAUAUUACUAUCUUAGGUACAGACAGUAUACAUAUCUCCCUGGCAUAUUACAUAAUUUCUGCAGCAGCAUACAAUACAUUUUUGGACUCGCCUUGUUGUGCUUUGCUCACUUGAACAGGAAGGUGGCAAGGCGGUCCUCAAACUUUGUCAUCAAAGUCUGGCAUUCUCUGGAUUUAUGGUGCUUUCAAGACAACUGGGAACUUGUAAAAAAAAAACAAGGUUGAAUCAGUGAUCUUCAGGUCGGAGCUCUAGAAAGAGGCCUGAGUUGCCGACUUGCAAUUCCGAGUUGGAUGACCGUUCAAAACGUGUUUUCCCAGUCGGAGCUUGUUUUUUUCCAAGUUUCCAGUUGUCUUGAACUCACUGAAGUCAGAUUUCCCAGUUCUGAGUUUCCAGUUGUUUUGAGAUCGGCAUAAGUCAUGCUGGAUUGACAGCAUGGCCAAUGUUGAAUGUUUAUCCUUUUAAGCUUGGAAAAGAGACCCUUAAACCCAGACUUGGGACCACACACCCACUCCACUGAAUUACAGGGUAGUGAUUGCUUUGCAAUGCUUGCAGUUAGCCACUGAUUCCUUCCAAACCAAUCAUUGUUGAAUUUGCGAUUUCCAACUUGUUGUGUAAUGUUUAUGUCCAAUGGCCGAUGAGCACCGAUACGUUUUAUUUAUAAUUAAUUUUAUUUCUCUUCAUAUGACAAGGAUUGUAAAGGAUUUGCCUGUAGAUUGUCGACUUGAUUCAUGAUGAUGACUGCUAGCUUGCUAGCUAAGAUUUUGAAAGUAUGAUGUUAACAUGAUCAGUCCAAUGAAAGCUACUUUAGAUAUAACGUGAUUUGACGUCAUUUUUCUGUGGCCAAUGACCUAAAGCCUUCUUGGAUGGGCACUUCUAAUGUAAAAGUAUGGCAGCACCCAAGGGGCUUGAAUUUUCUAGCUCUACCCUUAGAUUUUGCGCUGACGUAGUGUCCCCAUGAGUGACAGAACACUGAGCCAAUUACGGCGCAACUAGAGAACAUUACCAACCCCUACGCUCCGUAUAUUCUGCUGAAUGCCCCACCACAGAAAGUGCUGAGCUGGGCUGAAACACCUGCAUUUUGGAGCGGCCUUACUCAAGAAAGCAAAAAAGAGACCAUGUUUGUAUGCGGCUUUAUCAACUCAAUGAUUUUGUAUUAUUUAAUUUUUUUUACAUUGUUUGAAAACUUAUAUGUGACACGUAUUAAUGCCAAAAAUAAACAUUUAUUUUUAAUAUUUUAGCUAAACAGGUGGGGCCCAAAACAGGCUCUGCCCCACCUGCCCUGAGUGACGGGUCGCCACUGGGCCUAUCAGGUCUGAGGAGACCCACUAGCUCAGUGUCAGACUGUACAGACACUCCUGAUAGAAGCAGUCCAGGAUUGUCAGCUGGUCUCAGAGCCACAGCAUGUAGGUACACUAUCUACUCCAGUAAAAUACAGUUCAGGUGCACCCUCUGGACCAGUAGACACUACCUCAGAUACAGCAUGUACAGCCAUAGAGAGUAGCUCAGAUACUCUGUCUACUUCAUAGAGAAGUAUAGGUAAAUCCUCUUGACCAGUAGACACCGGCUCAGAUACAGCAUGUACAGCCAUAGAGAGUGGCUCAGAUACUCUGUCUACUUCAUAGAGAAGUAUAGGUAA